CUCUGGUCAGACGCUCCAAAACCUGACAGUGGACUAUCGAGAGUUUUUUUCUUGGAUUGUUUUCCGUAGAAAGAGGCAGAGACGGAGUCUUUGGAGGAGUUUAACCUGGAGUAGAUCUCAGAUUAUGGAUUAUAGAGCUGAAAGGAGAACAACAGAUUUUGGGAUCAUUUGGACAGAUGCCAACUAAAAGGCAAGAUGAGUUAGGCCCGACCGGCUGAAGAAAAUCCAGGGGCCCUGAACUCUGGGUCCUGCAGCUCCAGUGGCAGACACAGCGUUUCAUUUUGAGGUCUGUGUUUGCAUGAAUGACUGAGCAUUUGAGGACAGAGCUCUUUGUUUCCGAGCCGGCAUCAUGACCUCAGUUGAGAAGCGCCGCUCAGGUCGAAAGAGCGGCCGGCAUCGAAAGAACAGCGAUACUUCAAACGGUGGAUCGUUCCUGGAUGAGACCGACCGCGAGGUCAGCAGUCUGACAGAUCGAGCAUUCAGGAGCCUCUGCAUUGGAGAUGAGGCUGUUUAUAACGACUCAGACCUCUGUUCCUCUUCACCCUGCGGCCAGAGAGACAGACAGCUGGCCUUUAGUCAGGGCGGCCAAGACAGGGACAGAGAGGACAGAGAGAGAGAGGAACUUAAGAGAGCUGCCCAUGAGAGCUUCAGCGUCAAGGUGCAGCAGUAUGGACAGGACUUGAUGCGUGGAGGAAUGUAUGGGGCCGAGAUCCAAAGAGAUCCGCAGUGGGAGGCUUACGGCGAAAGGACACGGGGGAGGCUUUCUGCCACAUUCCAGCAAUCCUUUGUGGAAACCUCCCAACAGGAAAGAUCUCUGAGGGAAGACCAGUUGUCAUUCUUCAGCAAUGGAGCCACAGAUUUAAGUUCGCAGCAACGCAGGAGCCGCUCCAGAGUUUCCUCCCUCAUCAGAGCUUUUAACUCUGACGGACAAAGGGAUGGAGCAGGGACGGACGGUAAACCCAGAGAGUGGAAUAAUGAGACAAGCUGGGACAACUCAGCCCUGAUGAAUAUCCAAAGAGAACUUUCUGAUUUCUCUUCAUCAUACCAGCAAAACUUUAACAGUGAUCCUUUCCUGACAGGAGGUCAGUUCACGUCUCAAAACUCUGGAUUCUACUCUUCUGAAGUAGCAGCGGUGGCUCAUACAAAUUCUGCAUCCACUUUCAUGAGCGCUUCCCACAGUAAACACAGCAUGUCCACGCAGGUCAACUGCAACUCUAACUUCUUUAUACACAGUGAGUUUAGUCCCUUUAAAGUAUGGAGGGAUCAUAACAGGUUUCCUUUUCAACAACGGGACGUCUCAGGGUUUAUGCACUGCUCUGAGUUCCCUAAAUGGUAUGAGACACCAAUGUACAGGGAGCUUUCACAGGAGGCCCGGCCACAGGGGCCUUACAGGUUUGAGGAGAGGGGUAUUGGAAACCUGAGGAAUAACAUGGUGCCAAUGGUUCCUCCCUCUCCUCAACGCUCCACAUCAACAUUUACAAUGCUGCAGAAAGCUUCGGCUGUGGAGAAACGCAGCGAGUCCGAGUUGGCAGGUCGUUAUCCCCACAGGAAGCGAAUGGAGGGUCUGGGAACUAACAAGCUUCCGCCCCAGCGCCCAUCAACUGCAUCGCCUACUCCCGAGAUGUCUCGACGUGUGCGGGACACCAUCAGCUCUGUGAAAGCUCUUCAGCGAAAAAUCAAAAUGAUGGCCGAGCAAAACAUGGAAAUGGAGAUGAAAGCAAAUCAACAAGAAGCACUUUGUAGCAACGAUAAUUUAAUUCCUUUUGGCAACAGUGCAGUAACAGGGGCAGCAAAUGUUGUCAGAGGUAACACAACCCCACUCAACAUCAGUCAGCUUCUCACACCCUCAGUCCAUGCGAAUCAAGAUGCAGGGACAUCAGUGGUCCGAGAAGGUGCGGUUUCACCUGAGCUUGUGGAACAUGCUCCGGUGCGAGCUGAGAGCAGGGGAGCUACUCCUGACAUAAGGGGGUCAAGCUACAAAUCGAGAGCUACAAGCCUACUCUUCAACCUCAAGGACAACAGGAAACGAGUCAAAAACACCUACAGCCCAACCAAAUUCAAACAGCCUUCUGUGCAGGAGCCGAGAGACACUGUGAUAGAUAUCCCAGAUUAUCCCGAUCCAGACAUUCAGUUCACCCAGGUAGAAGAAUUCAGCAGGACAAGUGCCGCCUCACAUCAGUAUGCAAACCAGUAUCAAAACCCUGGAUUGUCACUUGCAACAGAAAACCCUCGUCCUAAAACAGCACCUGCAGGCCAAUGUUCAGAAUACACAUUAAGUGAAUACCAGACAGCUAAGAGGCAAAGUGAGAUGGUUCAACAUCACUCCACGUCCACUGGCUUUACACCUGAAAACUACACAACCAAUCAGCUGGCUAAUGGACAGUAUCUCCAUGAAGACUUAAUGUCAUAUACUUCCUAUAAACAAAGCAUGAGAGAUAAUGCGAAGGAUGAAUACAGGCUUAAACCAUCUUAUACAGCUACAGAGGCACCAAGAAAGAGUGUCAACAAUCCGACCAGAGAAUAUUUCAUAAGUAGGGCAAAUGCUGAGCAACAUUUUAAUGAAACAGCGGGCAGGGAAUCCACAAAGGUGGAUAGAUAUCAGCAGCCGAAAGACAACAAACAUGAUUACAGUAAUGUGUCCACACAGGAUAGGUGGAGACAGACAAACAGCCAAGACACUGAAAGGCUCGGUCUGAAAGCAACUGUCUCUCCAUGGAAACAAGAGAUUACUGCUUUAACAGAAAAAGAGAAACAUGCACAGGCUUACCAAAGCGCAGCCCCGAUAAAUGAGGAACUUAAUUUACCCAGAGACAAAUACAGAGGCGGACAUCAGCAAAGUGUAAAUGCAGAACUUGAAACAAGAAGGUUGAGGCAUGUAUAUGGUGCAGGAUUGGCCAAUCCUAACAUUACAAACCAACUACCCCAAUAUGCUCCAGAAAUCAGUAAUUCUAAUGUGGGAAAUCAAGAAUAUUAUGGACAGCAACAAGCUGGAACAAUUAAAGACAAAUAUGCACUUCAAAAGCAUCAUGGACACAAUGAAACGAAAAAUUAUUUGACACAGAAUUAUGAAAGGUAUGCUGUUCCAGAAAACCAAAAUCAACCCAUCUUUAAUACUAGUAGAGACAAAACUAUGUGCACGCAGGAAACAGGUCAGAGACAAUAUAUGCCGGUUCCAAAAGGACACGAAAUGCAAAGUCUCCAGCCACUACAAGUCACAACGACGAUUGGAGAUAAUGUGCACAAAUAUGCAUUAUCUAAUCCUGACAAUGCAACUGCAUCCACCAUCACAUUAAACCAAGUGAAGGAUAAACAGUUGGCUGAUGUCAAUGCUGGACAGGCCACAGCAGAAAUCUCCAAAGUGGAGCUGGCAAAGGUUCAGCACCGGGCUCAAGUGGAGCCACCCAAAGCAGAGUCGGCCAGGUUAAAUUUAGCAGGGCAGACUGGUUCAGAGAAAGUCAAAGCCCAACAGGCCAAAGCAGAACUGACAGAGCGCGAGAGAGACAAUCCGGCUAAAAUGGAGGAGAAGAAAAAAGGAGAACAGAGAGAAAAACCAAGAGAAAAACAUUCAGAGCAUGCAAGGGAGGAGCAGAGGAAGGCACGAGAACAAAAGAUAACAGAAGAGCCAAGAAAUAAAAAAGAGGAAGUGGCCAUGCACAUGAAAGAGGAGCAGGUCAAAGCUGAUCAAGCCCGAGCAGUAAGGCUAAAAGAACAGCACAUAAAAACUGAACUGGCACCGACAGAGCAAUUAAGAAUACAAAAAACUACACAGGUCAGAAGAGAAGAGGAAGAACAGGUAAAAGCACAACAAAUUGAAAGAGAGCAGAGAGAGACCGAACGAACCAGAACAGAAAAGAUUAAAGCAGAACAAGCUAAAACAGAACAGGAGAAAAUGAAGGUAGUUGAGAUGCAAAACUUCAAAGCAGACCACAUUAAAGUUAAGGAUGUCAAACAAGAGAAAUUGAAGAUGGAUUUGAUUAAAGCUCGUGUAAAUUCAGAACAAACGAUCCCAGCGUUAAAUAAGGCCAAAGAGCAAACAAAAGUAAAGCUAGCUAAAGCAGAGCCAACAAAAACAGAGGAUCUGCAGGAAAGGCUAGUUAAACCUGGAUCAAAACUAGCAGCGAUACAAACAGUCAAAAGUGAGCCGGAUAAAGUUGAAAAAGUUAAGACAGAGUUAGCGAAAGCCAAAGCAGAACUUGCCAAAAUAACAGAGAAAAUGAAAGGAGAACAAAAAGAGAAAGUCAGAAAAACCAACAUCGUAAUGGAAAAGGACAUUGCUAAGAAAGAUGUUGAUUUAAACUUUAAUAUGAAUAAAAAUGAGGAUUAUAAAAACCAGGAUGGAGCAACACAAAUGCAUCAACUGAAUGAAGACUCACUUGACAGAGGGGCUGAUGAUUUCAACUGUUUGAGAGGAAAAUAUGGUUUCACUAAUGCACUUACAACAAACAGAAAAGAGGAGUUAACUGCAAAAAAUUAUUCUUCGAAUGAUGACAAAGAAACAACAACUAUAUCUCCUGCCACAGCUGAGACAGUGAAUAACAAAAAAUCAAAUGACAAACAGAGUCCUGCAAGUGUACUUGCAAAAGCUAACACAGAAAAUAAGGACAAAAGCGAAAGCCUUAAAUCAAACGAGGAGACAGAGGGUCACUAUGUCUACAGUGAGUCAUCCAAAGAAUUCAAAUUAUCCUGUUCUGAUAACCUACCAACCCAUGUAGAUAACAGAGCAAAUUGUGACACUGUUACUGAUAAAGUUAAGGACGAAAGUGUCGAAACGUUGGAAAAAUGUGAAGCUGCGAAACUCACUGAUGUAUCACAUCAAAGAGAUUCUGAUUUGAUGAAACUCCUGCCUCUUGAACGAAAACCUAAGUCAGUUGAGCACAGUGUAGGUCCAGGUAAAGAUCUGCAUUUCACCCCUCCCAGAGCAUCGACACAUAAAGAGAGAGCACAGACCAAGCAGGAGAUUCUGACUUCCAGGAUAAAAGCUCAUGCUGAAAAAGAGAUUUCAGCAAUAAAAGAAAAGGGUUUUGCUAUAAGAGAUGGGUUUAUAUCCAAAAACUCUACCAAGGUAUUAGCGGCUAGUCAGAGUCUUAACAUAUGUCAAAGGCCACCAUCACAGGAAGUGUUUAAAAAGCAUGAAAGCACUAUGUCUAGUAAUUUUACACCAAAGCGGCAGAUGGAGCAAUCGGGAGUACAGACGGAGACAGUCAAGUCUUUGCCAACCCCCAGUUCUGCUACAAUACCAGUGAAGUCGGGGGUAGCCACUGGUCAGUCGGUAGACCAUUUACAGAAGCAGGUUCCAAAAGAACCAGUGAUUAGCAAUGACCAUGUGCAGGAAACUACCAAAGAUGAAAAACUGACAGGAUGUGAUCAUAAAAUCACCGACAAGGGCUUGAUAGAAAAACAGAACACAGAAAUUCAAUAUGAAGUUAAAUCACUUGUGCAAAGUGAAGAGCAGGCCCCUGUGGACAACCGUGGAAAGCAGAAAUCCAAUCAUGGAACCAACCCCGGAAAACACAAAGAUAGGCUUAAAGACAAACUUGCCAUAAGCACCGGCCAACAGAACAAGGAGAAAGAGGAUCUAUCAACAGCUAUAUCUCUGGUCAAAGCUGAAAGCACAAAACCCAUGACUUCAGAAAAACCUGAGGGUAAACAUGAAGAACUUCAUGAGGACUCAGCACCUUCAAUAAAUCCUUUCUCUCAAGAUCAGAACAAAACCCCUGUGGCUGAUGAAAGCUUGCAGAUCAUGGGAAUCAUGGUAAUUGUACGAGAAAGAAAGCCAUCCGAGAGUGAUAACACCGACCAGGAACAAAUAAAUACAAAAGACAAAGAACACAGUAAUUCAGAGCUAGAUAAAUGCCAUCCCAGCUCAAGUUUAGAAGUAAGUACAGGAAAAUAUUCUCCCAAGGAAAAUAGCAUAGCAAAGGAAAAAGAGAGAGUUGGGCAGGAACUUCUUCCCACAGUUGGUGUGGUUAAUCAUUCUGAAAAUGUUUCUGAGAAUGUCCCUGUAAAAAAGACUGAUCUUCAGAAGAGUACUUCUAUAGAUGCUAAACCUCAAACGGAAAUGCGACUUCAAGAACCACUGGCUGAAAAAGGCGUGCCAUCCACAGUCACAGCAAAAAAUAAAGUAUUGGCUGACACUCAACACCCUUCCGACAAGCAAGACAUGAAAGACAAGGGACAGAAUGACUACUCAAACAAAAUGCCCAAACAGAACCUGGCAAAGGACACGUGGAAAGAUGAAGUAAAGAAUAAUAUAGGAGAAACAAAUGAUCCAAAAAAAACAACAGCACAUACCGAUGACAACCUCAAGGCUAAAGUGGAAAACACAGGAAUCAAAAAUGAUUCCAACAAAGCUGAUGCAGACGCUCUGGUAAAAUCUGAUGUCCAGCAAUCAUCGACAGCAGAUGAUGGCGAGUGUGCGCACCCAAUGGAAGAAAAGAGAAAUGACCCAACGCCACUCAAGCCAUUCAACAACACCACUCCAUCUCAGCAUUUACCUGAAAACCAAAUCAACCCUGUAUCCCCAAGAUUCGAGACACACACUCAAGUGGAGGAUGUUGUGCAUAUAGACAGCAUUGCCAUCAGAGUUGUCCCAACGUGUGCAGCAACUAAGAAUGACAACCUGAAUACAGUGGGAAAGAAUGCUGCCACAGUUGUCCCAGCCGAUGUGCUUGAAUCUACUGAACAUAAAGAAGUUGCAUCAUCAAGUUCUACUUCUGUGAACACUUCAACCAACAAAGAUAGAAUCAAGGACCUCACUCCAGAAGACAAAUUUGGAGUACAAUACGUGUUGUCCAGUGUGAAAAAACUGUCUGAUUCAUUGAAAAUCAGCAAACAACAGGACAGCAUCAAGCUAACCACUGAAAGCACUCAAGCUGAAAGUCAAAGGUUUGAUGACAUAAAGACUAGUAGGAAUUCAGUGGAUAAAUCACACGAACAAGCCAUGGAGGGAGACUACUUUCAAUUGCAAGGGGUAGCAGACACAAAUAAUGACCUCCACAAUAGUGCCAAUGGUGGAGAGACGUUAGAUGGUGUUUCAAACGAAAGGAUACCUCCAGCGUCACUAAACAGGACUUCUGUCAAUGAGGAAGUAAAAAAUGACGCUUUUUCUUUGAAUCAAAGUAAGAGGGAAACAAUGGAAUUAAGCACAGUAGGCGUCCGAACUGCGAAUGUGGAAAAGAAAAACAGAGAAACAGAGACUUUGAAACAGAGCGAUGGUCCCACAGAGAGACAGGAAGUAGGUCAAGCUAAUCAUUUGAGAAAAUCCAGGUUAUCAGCAAGGGAGAGACAGAGCUCAAGAAAUGCAUACCUAGCAAGGGACAAUGCUGUCAAGGAAAAACCCGAAGUUCAACCAAAACCAAAGGAAAAAGUAUCCACAAUACCUGAAAUAUCUGCACUUGCAGACUAUGCCAGACUAAAAGUAAUUGUUUCAGAGGAGGAGGAAAACACCAUUCAGGAAUUCCCACCCAACAAAAAGGAAGGAUUCUUCCCACUAAUACAGUCUCGUCACAGCAGACGCCCAGUGUUCACUGAUGACCCAAAAGAUAUCGCUGUCAAAAAGAAGCACAUGCCAAAUAAGACAGAGAUGAUUGCCAAAGUGAACAGAGAACCCAAGGCAUUCAUAUUUCCCAUUACAGAGAAAGAACACCAAAGGACAGGGAUGUUCAAACUGGGAGAUAAAGACAAACAAGAGAAAAUGGUCUUAGAUGCCCCAGGUGCAUCAGAUGCUGGAGCAAAGAAUACACAACCCGUCAAACGUGAAAAUAAGUCGCUAACAACUCAUCUCAAGAACCAGUUAGGAGAAGAGCAAGUUGCUGGAAGUGAUACUCAAAUAGAUCAAAGGGUUCCUCAGCCAGUCAAUCCUCCAUUGCAAUCAACAACCUCAUCUUCUGCAGUCAACAGGCCAAGAAACACAUCUGCAUCCCAGCAACUGAAGUCCCUUGUGAACUCUGAUCCGCAUAAAAAUCAUGAUGAAAUCACAACUCAAACAAAAGAGGAGAAGUUAGAAAAUAAAGUGGCUAAGUCUGGGGAAGAAAGAAAAGAAGCAACGAGUUCAGGAGGGAUUGCUACUCAGCAUGAAGAAACCACACCAAAACCAUCACAGGAAGAACUAAUGCCUAGAAUAGAAGAAGAGAAAAGAACAGAAGAUAUGAGAAUAAAACACAUCAUGGAGGAGAGUAGAGCUUCUCUGGCUGAAGAAGAGAGGAGAGCCACUCAGAGGGAAGAGGAGAGGAGAGCAAAAGAGAGGGAGGCCAUAGCUAGAAGGAUCAAGGAGCGGCGGGAAAAACAGAGAGAAGCAGAUAAAAAAGAAGAGAAAGAAAGAAAAGCAAAACAGACGAAAGAUGACAGGACAGAGGGAGAAAUCGAGAGGUCAAUGAGUGAAGGCAAAUUGAGAGGGGAGGCAGAUUUGCUAAAAGACCAUGAGGAGUGGAGGAUGCUGAAACAGAAAGAGGAGGAAAGAGCUUCUCGAGAGGAUCCGCUGAGGAAAGCUUCAGAAGAGGAGCAACAACGAAAAGGUGCACCAGAGGAGCAGCAGAGGAGAGUGACUCUGAUGGAGGAGCAGCAGAGAAGAGCUACGCCAGAGGAGCAGCAGAUAAGAGCUACACCAGAGGAGCAGCAGAGGAAAGCUGCAAAAGAGGAGCAGCAGAGCAGAGCGGCUCUGAUUGAGGUGCAGCAGAGAAGGGCUGCACAGGAGGAGCAGCAGAGGAGACCUGCACAAGAAGAGCAACAGAGGAGAGCUGCCCAAGAGGAGAAGCAGAGGAAAGCUGCACAAGAGGAGCAGCAGAUGCAAGCUGCCAAAGAGGAGCAGCAGAGAAGAGCUGCACAAGAGGAACAGCAGAGAAAAACUGCACAAGAAGAGAAGCAGAGGAAAGCUGCACAAGAGGAGCAGCAGAUGAAAUCUGCAAAAGAGGAGCAGCAGAGGAAAGCUGCACUAGAGGAACAGCAGUGGAAAGCUGCAAAGGAAGAGCAGCAGAGGAGAGCAACUCUUAUUGAGGAGCAGCAAAGGAAGGCUGCUCAAGAGGAGCAGCAGAGGAAAGCUGCACAAGAGGAGCAGCAGAGGAGAACUGCAAAAGAGGAACAACAGUGGAAAGCUGCAAAAGAGGAGCAGCAGAGGAGAGCAGGUCUGAUUGAGGAGCAGCAAAGGAUAGCUGCACAAGAGGACCAGCAGAGGAAAGCUGCACAAGAGGAGAAGCAGAGGAAAGCUGCACAAGAGGAGCAGCAGAGGAGAGUUGCACAAGAGGAACAACAGUGGAAAGCUGCAAAAGAGGAGCAGCAGAGGAGAACGGGUCUGAUUGAGGAGCAGCAAAGGAGAGCUGCACAAGAGGAACAGCAGAGGAAAGCUGCACAAGAGGAGAAGCAGAGGAAAGCUGCUCAAGAGGAGCAGCAGAGGACAGCUGCUCAAGAGGAGAAGCAGAGGAAAGCUGCACAAGAGGAGAAGCAGAGGAGAGCUGCCCAAGACGACCAGCAGAGGAAAGCUGCACAAGAAGAGCAGAAGAGGAGGGCUGCACAAGAGGAGCAGCAAAUAACUGCUGCUCUGAUUGAGGAGAAGCAAAGAAAAAGUGCACAAGAGGAGCAGCAAAGGAUAGCAAAACAGAGAGAGGAGAAGAGACUCGCUCAAAUUGAGCAGGAAAAGAGAAGAACACAGGGAGAGGAAGAGGACAGGAAAGCUGCUGAAAAAGAGAAAACAAUUUUGAAACUUAGAGUAGAAAAACAAGCCAAAGAAGAGAGGACUAGAUCACUUGAGGAGAGCAAAGCAGAGGAGGGGAGGGGGGAAGCACAAGAAGAAAUAGCUCAAAGAGAGGAUGAGAUCAUGGCUAAAAGGAGAGAAGAAGAAGAAAUGCUUGUGUCUCAGAGAGAAAAAGAAAGAGCUGCUCAGAUGGAGGAGCUCAAAAGAGCAGCACAAAUGAGGGAUGCUCUCCAGUACUACGCCAUAUCCUCAACAGAACCAGAGCGGAAAUCCAAAGAAAGACAAGUACGCUCCCCUUUACCCUCCCAACAAAAACAUCAUCCAUCAGUGUGUGAGUCAACUGAAGACUCAGGAUACCCCACUCGGUCUUACAGGCCACCUGGCUCUGCAUCUCCAGCUCCUUCUCUGCCCCGCUCCAACACCUCCUCUCCUGCUCUGGGAGGCAAGCUCUCGAUGUUCAGGGUGAAGGAUAACACGAUCAGAAGUUCUCCUUUCACGAAGUCGGUCAAACCACGCUUCCAUAAGAACUUUGGAGAGGAGCUCCGUGUGGGUUCCCCCAUGGAAAGGGUGUCAGAGAGAGAAGAGGAGCAGGGGAUAAUGAGACAUAGUGCUGGGAUAAACAGACAUGCUGUUAUCAAAGAAUCUUCAUCACAGGAUUACUCUGCCCAUCUCCCACAACAUAGGCCAUACUCCAGGAGGAGCAUUGUUCUGGAUGAAGAUGACUCCCGCUCGGUCAUGAGCAACAUGUCAGAGGAUGUGGAGAGUUUUGCUACCAGUGCUGCUGACCUUGCAGAUACACGAGGCUUGUAUGACUUCGAUAGGCCGGAAUCAGCCUGUAGUUUCAGCAGUGAUGUGUCUCGUUCAAUGGGCAGGCCUCCAGUGGUUCCCCCAAAGAGCGACAAAGCCUUGCGCAGGGCAAAAAGGUUAACUACUCGGAGGAUGAAGAAGGAGACGUGCAGAGCAAUAGAAGACGGCCCUGCUGGAGUUGGAAAACCUCUUCAAGAAGUCCCUCGUCCUUCCUCCUCCACUGAGGUACACUCCUCCAACAAACAUGCUGUGGCUUCCCCUCAUUUUUCCUCUCCCGUGUCCCUUGCUCAUGCUCCAGCAAUGGAGUCUGGCUUGCCUUCUUCCCGCACAGAGCGCACAUCAUCUCACCAUGCUGUCCACACUUCCCCUAAUGCCUCUGGUCCCGGCUCCCUCCCAGUUGCCUCGCCUUUUGCUACUGCCUCUGUUAUACUCCCCGUUGCUUCACCUCAUGCUACUGGCCCUGUGUCCCACACUGCUGCUCCUAAAACGGUUUCUCAUGUUUCCUCUUCUCCCACUCUCCAUCAUGCCAACCAUCCAGCUCCGGUGACACAGUACCAUGUUGAGUCAAGCUAUCCCCAGUCCUACCCACUGACUCAGCGCAAGGUGCUGCAAGACCUCGGCUCCGGUCAGUAUUUUGUAGUGGACGUACCUGUUCAAGUGAAAACAAAGACUUUCUUUGACCCACAGACGGGAGAGUAUGUUCAGCUGAAUGUGCGUGAAUCUGGCAAGAGCCCCUCCCAACCACAGUCCCAGCAAAACUACUCUCAGCCCCAGCUGCAGACCCAGACGAAGUCGCAACAACAGCCCAUCUCCCAGGCCUCUCCCACUGGCAAGCCCCUUAUGCUUUAUCAAGGCUACCAUGGGUAUUCCCAGGGUUACCAACCAGCAGCAGUCAACUCCAUGCCCCCCCACAGCUCAUCAGCCCCCAUGACUCACCAACAGAACCAACAGUCUGUCAGGGAGAACCACAGCUACGGAUAUCCAGUCCCUGAAAUGAGACAGUACUCUGAAGGGCAUCGCUACAGCCCGGAGAAGACACCAUACAUGGACACAGUUAAUGAUACAGAGAAAACAUAUAACAAAGUUUACAACACACAUGGCUCAUAUGAGGCGUUCCCAGAGUGUGACACAAACAGCCAGCUUGCAGGAAGCUCUGUGUGUGAAAAUGAAAACUCAGCCCACUCACGAUAUCAACCCAGAGAUAUUAUACCUAUCACUGAACUGGAAGACUUUAUGGAAGUGUCUGACUGGUGAGAACACAGACUGAUUAAUUAUGUACAAAUAAUGUAAAGCAAACAAGAAGCAAAAAUAGAGAAUUUGAUCAUAUAAAGAUAAGCAGAAGAAGUGAGUGAAUGGAUUGUUACAUGUAGCAUUUGAAGUGACUUUUUUUCAAAUGAAGGAAAUAUCUGAGUGAAUAGUUUUUUUGAGAUGCUGUUAAAUUGCUGCUGCUGAUUGUAGAGAUUCAUUGUCAAGCUAUUUAUUGUGUUACAGAGAAGUUCACCAUUCCAUUAACAUGAACGUGAGAAGCUGAGAUAUGUGUAUACAGUGUGAUCAGUAUCACGGAGCCUCGUAAACCUAGAAGGAGGUUCCCAUACAUUAAACAGCAGAAGAAUGUCAACAGUGUUUAGUAGGUUGGAGAAAUGUUGGUCUCUGCUAUAAACACUGACCUAUUUAAGUUUUCCUUUUUUUUUUGUUGAAGAAAUUCUUCUUUUGGAAUUUUUGAUGCAUGAGAUAUAAAGAUCUUCAGAUGGUGUAAAGGAUAAUUUGUUUACUCAACCCUGUUAUUAAGGUUUUGUUUCAUACAGUAGUCCAUUUUGGAAAAUUGGAAGUUUGAAGGAAUGUUUCUGUGUUGCUGUGAAACAGAGUAGUGUGAAAUAGACUUGUUCAGACAAUAAAAAACAAUAUUAAUUCAAUGAAACAAUUGUUCAUCACAAUGACUGUCUAACAGAAUCUGCCACAUAAAAGUUACAAAUAAAGAAAAAGGUAAAAUAAAAGAUAAUUGCUAAAGGAUGAUUUUAUUUUACUACUCA